UGGCAUCAGUUUUGACAACAUACAUACCCUUUUUAGCAAUAUGUGUAAUAUACGAUCGCAUUAUUUUAGAAAAGUGAAAAGCAGAUUAAAUUCGUAUCGUUUACUAAUAAUCAUAUGCUUGUAAAAUAUAUUCUAAUCUUAUUACUGUUUAAAUACAAAGCGUUACCGCAGUUUUCAUAAUUUGAACGUUUCAGUUUUUAUUUUGGGUACAAAUAUUUGUCCGAUGUGAUGCUGUGUUACCAAAACUGUGAGAAACAUCGGGCAAUCAAGGUUAUUGCUUCUUUAUUUGAAUGGAAAUUAUCUUUUUCUUAUUUGCUCAUUUGAUUCUUAAAGUUUCAAGACGAAAUCCGAAUAAAGACCAAUAAAACUUAGGUAAUUGAAUCUUUUGAUUAAUGUUUACAGAUGAAAGAGGGAAAUUGGAUCAUAUCAAACAGUUCUGUCGACCUGUCUUAAGUUUGAAGUUAAUUCUUUCAUUUUUCAAAAAUGAACAGAAGAAUAUCCAGAAAAAUGGAACAAAGUUCUGUCGAGCUUUCUAUGAGUAACGGAAUCAUCAACAGUCAGUCAAACUGGUCUCGAUGUAAUUCCUUCUCCUCUUCUUCGAGCGACUCAACCCUGUAUUGCUCAAAUUCGUCUCAACACUCAAGUUUCUCUGGUCGCAAGCGACUUAGAAAAGACGAGUCUAUUGGCAAGAUGGUGAAAAGAUGUCGCAACUCUUCUGGCUCUUCUGCGUCUAGUAAUGUGUCUUGCAUGAGUGAUAAAGAUAUAAAUCCUCCCGCUCAGGUGUCACACGAAAUCAAUUCUAUUGAAACUUUAGAUGAUAUGUCACCUUCGACUUUUCAACACGAAGCAUUACUGAGUAGUAGACUCUCGCAUCCUUUGGACAUGAAUGCUGUGUUGCCCUUCCGGCACAAUCUGCGACGCAACAUACGCAGAAAAGCAUGCAGCUGUGAUUGCACUGCCACCUGCACAACUGUUGUGGUUAGUAGACAAUAUAAUGAAAUAGGUGAACAAACGGUUGAAGAAAAGACAGUUAUAUCUCGCACUAAGGUGAAAACUUUCGUUGAUAGCAAUAAUGCUCAAACACCCAUCAGGCAAGUCCAAAUGUCGAAGGUAUCCUUUCAAGAGAACGUGGCUCGUGAAAACGAAUGUUCAUUUCAAGAGAACAUGGCUCACGAAAAGGAAUGUUCAUUUCAAGAGGACAUGGCUCAUGGAAACGAAUGUUCUUUUCAAGAAAACAUGGCUCAUAAAAACGAAUGCAAUAGGAGACGUCGUCCUGAAAUUGAAAGAUUGUAUGAAUCUUUGCAUGAAAUUAAAUGGGCUAAAAACUUUUCUCCGGAUAAUAUCUUGAGACAGCUCGAUGUAAGGCAAGCUGCUUCGUGUUCCGCUUUUGGCAAAGUAUCUGGGGAAAAGCCUGCCAAGAUGAAUAAAAGUUCCACAGCCAGUGGCCAAAUUUAUACAAAACUGCCAAGUGAAUCUCCUGGCAAGUCUAAUUUUAAAAGGUGCAAUAAGUCGUAUCUGACGCGAUCAAAGAUUCAUUCCUUGCUGAAUUUUGAAGAUAAACUGGAAGAGGAAGAUUCAAAUCCACCAGUGCUCGAAAAGAGUAUUAUUAUAACAGCCGAUGAGACGUUAGAUAUUGAUUUUCCUAAUUAUAAUACGUUUCCAGUUCUUUCCAAAGAGGUUUUGACUCCUGAAAAAGAUACUAACAAUAUAGUAGAUUUAUCCUCUACUUGCAAUGCAAUACAAACUGAAGUGUUAAAUUUCGAUGUAAAUUUGCAUAGCGAUGUCGACAACCAUAUUAGUGAAAUUGUCGAUUGUUCAUCAACGUUUUUUGACGUUGCAGAUACUAUUGACCCAUGUGUUGAAGAAGUGGGUGCCGAAGUAAUCGUCUCUACUUCCUGUGAUAAUGACUCUAAGAAUUUGCCUUUGUUGACAGCGGUAAAAGAGAUCCACUCCUCAAAUGCCCCGCUGGAAUGUCCUCCCGUGUUAGAACAGUGCGAAUCAUCGUUUAGUUCUGUUAAAGACAGUUCAACGACAGCCGACACAUCAAACGUCAAAAGUGAUGAAUCGUUUAAAGAUUUUUUCCCUCCCGUGAAUUCCCAUUUCAUUUGUGACGAAGAUUAUUCCCUGUCAUCAUCUUUGCUUGAAGACUGUAAAAGGAACUAUUCCGACGAUAAUGGAAACCUUGAAAAAAUCUUAACUCUUGAUGACAAUUUUGAAACUCUCGAGGUUGGAGUCGAAAAGAGUAAUGACAUUCAGAGCUUCUGCGAUAUCGAUAAAGUCGACGAUGAUUCGGAAGCCGAUCUACAAUUAGUCCCCGCUGAUGAAACGAAGAAUGCUAUCAGCAAGCCUCCUGUUUUAGAACAAUGUAUACCAAAUAAUGUGUGCUAUGUAAAUAUUAAAUCUGAAAUAUGCAUCACUGAAAAUAUUAAAAGGAAAGAUAUCGAUGAGAAUGCAAAGGAUUCUUCGGGUGAUCGAGCAAACUUACUAAUUCAUAGAACAAAAAACUUUUCAACGAAAUCUGAAAAAUUGUGUAAAUCCGUAAAAAGUAGCCUUAAAUCUGAAUCAUACAUCAUCUUUUUGGGAAGACGUAUUUUAAGAAAGUACAUGAAAAUAAUCAACUCAAAAGCUAAAAUGCGAUGGAAAAUUCCUAAAAUGUGCAAUAAGCAGUUAAAGAGUUCUGCCAAUAGCCUUAAAGCCUCACCCAUUUCUAGUAGUGUCUGCAAUAUGGAAAAUAUGUUAACGCACGACGGUUCAUUGGCCAUCAACUGUGCACAAAUGCCUCUCUCCGUAGGGUCGCCUAUUUUUUCUUGUUCAUCCCCUUCACGAAUAACUGAAACUCACUCUGUGAAUAAAAAGUGCAUAUCAUCUAGUGAAUCUACAGCCACUGUUGUAAACCCAAACUGCGCAACUGUGAUACAAAGUUUCAAUCAAAAACUUUCCUUUUCGACAUCAAGAGAAAAUAUAACCCUAAACCAAAUAAAGAAUUCAUCUAAAACGGAUAAAAAACUGUGCUUAAAUAAUAAUAGACAAACAAAGAAGCCCAACAACAUCUUCAAAAAUCAUUAUUCAGAAAAUUAUGCUGAUAUUCCUGGUUAUUCAAAAAUCCUGUUGGCAGCUAAGAAAAAGGAAGGACGUGCUGAGGAAAAAGUAAAAGUUCCUCCCCGAGUGUUCACCUGUCAUUUUCAAACCAUAAAUGUUACCCGUGAUAAUGAUUACAUCCAGAUUGUUUUGAAAAUCACCAGAGGGAAAUCUAUAUUCCUCACUCAUGAGACUUUAGUUGAGUUGAAGGAAGCCAUAAAUAAAGCUGGUAAUGACAAAGAUUGUAGGCUAUUAAUUUUAAAUGGAUUUGGGCAAACAUUUUGCCUUGGGCUAGACGUAAGACCUCUUGUGGAAGAUCAUAAAAAGGAAGUUGUUGGUGAUAUUGCCAAUGCUGUCAAGGAUUUGAUUAGUACAUUGGCAGACUUCCAAAAGCCUUUAUUUGCCAUUGUGAAUGGUGCUGCAUAUGGCCUUGGAUUAACGAUUUUAAACCAUGCAGAUGUUACACUGGCCACAAGCAAUGCAUCUUUUUGCAUGCCAUAUUCAAGACUUGGAUACAUGCCAGAAGGGGGUGCUACACUUACCCUCCCACAAGCUGUUGGAACGACUAUAGCAAUGGAUUUGAUUUUAAGAGGUCAAGUCAUAACAGCCGAGCAAGCCAGGGAUAUUGGACUAGUUAAUGAAGUGGUUGAGGUUCGUCACUUGCCGCAAGACUUAGUAUCUCGUGUUAAAGCAAUAGCUCAAAACUCUUCACCUGUGAGUUCAUUUCUCAUACUUUUAUUAAGAAAUAAUAUCAUCAUAAAACUAACAGUUUCUGCCAACUCCUCUAGUAUUAGUCUUCUUAGAAAAUUUCAAACCAGAAGUAUCGCACUGUAAGUAGUUGCUGCUAUUUUUCGUAGUUUGUGUUGUAGUGUGCUACUUUGUUACAAAAGUAGUGUAGUGAAUAGUGCGAUAAAAUAAAGCAAUAGUUUCUUGGCAACUACUUUUAACGUUACUUUAGAAAAGAAACCUGGUUCUAACGUAACUAAUUUUUUCGUCCAUCAAUGUAUGCAAUGAUAAUGACCCUGAAGCUGAGCUUUAACAGAAAUUAAGUAAUUGAAAAUCAUGUAUAAGUAUUUAAACUAGCCAUUGUGAAAAAUGGAUAAUUAAUGUCACACUUUCACAUACAAAUACUCACUCAUUAAAUAUUGAUGCAUGGCUGCCAACAUGGAUAGGAAAAAAUCCAGUAGA